GGGCUGAGCGCGGCGCCGUGACUGCGGGGUGAACUCGGCCGUGCCCAGCGGCUCGGCGGCGAUAGGGGAGCGGGCUCCUGACGAAAGCGGAACUCGGCCGGGCCCAUACAAAUCAGAAAAGAGCCCGGCCGCGGCGGCAGAGGGGAGCCGAGCCCGCGGGGGCAGGGACGACGACGCCGCCGCCGCACUGCACGGACCAGCGGCGCCGCGAGAGGCGCCUCCCGAUCUCCGUCCCGCCUCCGUCCCCGGCCCCGCUCCCGGCGAGUUGCGGGACGGGAGGGCCGCCAGCGGCCGGGGCUCCAGCGCGCACCUCGCACCGGCCAGCGCUCCGCACCGGGCGGCGGGGCGGCGGACGCGGGGACACCAUGAUGAGCAGCUACCCGGACGGCGAGGAGGACACGGUGGCGCUGCUGGCUCGUGACACCGCCGGCGGCAAGGAGCCGGAGCGGGGCAAAGAGGAGCUGAACGCCGACAAGGGCCCCGAGAAGCCGGACCCCUCGCAGAAGCCCCCCUACUCCUACGUGGCCCUGAUCGCUAUGGCCAUCCGGGAGAGCGCGGAGAAGAGGCUCACGCUGUCCGGGAUCUAUCAGUACAUCAUCAGCAAGUUCCCUUUCUACGAGAAGAACAAGAAGGGCUGGCAGAACAGCAUCCGCCACAACCUCAGUCUCAACGAAUGCUUCAUCAAGGUGCCCCGGGAGGGCGGCGGCGAGCGCAAGGGCAACUACUGGACCCUGGACCCGGCCUGCGAGGACAUGUUCGAGAAGGGCAACUACCGCCGGAGACGGAGGAUGAAGCGGCCCUUCCGGCCGCCCCCGACCCACUUCCAGCCCGGCAAGACCCUCUUCAGCCCCGACAGCUACGGCUACCUCUCCCCGCCCAAGUACUUGCAGUCCACCUUCAUGAACAACUCGUGGCCGCUGGCGCAGCCCCCCGCGCCCAUGCCCUACACCUCCUGCCAGAUGUCUGGCGGGAACGUCAGCCCUGUCAAUGUGAAAGGACUCUCGGGCCCGGCGUCCUAUAGUCCCUACUCGCGGGUGCAGAGCAUGGCGCUGCCCAGCAUGGUGAACUCCUACAACGGCGUGGGCCACCACCACCACCACCACCCGCACGCCCACCACCCCCAGCAGCUCAGCCCGGCCAGCCCCGCGCCGCCCGCGGCCCCGGCGGCGAACGGAGCCGGCCUCCAGUUCGCCUGCGCCCGCCAGCCCGCCGAGCUGUCCAUGAUGCACUGUUCCUACUGGGAGCACGACAGCAAACACAGCGCCCUGCACUCCCGCAUAGACAUCUAGGGAGGCUCCGGCCGGCCGCCGCCGCAGGAAUGCCCUCGCCCCGGCCUCGCUGCCCCUCUCCGAUCCCGCCGCGUCCUCCUGCGCCCUCGCGUCUCUCCUCCUCCUCCUCCUCCUCCUCCUCCUCUCUAGCUGCAGACUUUCCUCUCUCUGUGGCCAAACUGUUGCGGUGGGAAAAGGGUAGCCCUGCUCCGCGCGUGGUGUAAGCGUAGAAGCCGUUGUGGAGGAGCCGGCGGUGUAGGUGCGGGAGCUCUCCCGGCGGGGCGGCGGCGGCCGGGCCGGCUCGAGCGAGCCGGGCUUCACCGGCCGCUCCUCGGCUCGUGUCUUUGUUUGUGAAGGGUUUGGGGCGGGGGGAGUGCGCGACUGAAGUUAGGCUGAUCAGCCCUCAAAAUUCUGCUCCGUUGUAAUUCGGCCGUAAUCUUUUCGGGCUCAGCCUUAGGGAGAGUAAAGCGGAGCUUGUAAAUAGCGGAGGCAUUUCCGCGCGUGGCGGUGCGGGGCUGGCGGGGCCUAGACACUGCGUGUGCCCGCGGUGCUUGUCCUCCUCCUCCUCCUCUUCAUCCUCUCGUUCUCCUUCCUCGGUCUGCAAAGCACUGCGCUUCUUACGAGCUGCGGCUUUUCGUCAAAAUAGUACUUAGGUGGGGACUGCUGCAACAGCAGGAGAUGUGCGAUGUUGCUGGUUAUUAGAAACCAACACACAAAAACCGCCAGGGUCACUCGUGAAACGUUUCGGCAGCGGUAAAUAUAUAUUUUAAAAGGAGACAAUGUCCUCUGAGGUCUUAAAAGUAAUUUUAUACAGGUCUAAAAAAUAUUUUGAUGUUAUAUAUAAAAAAAGACGGUUUCCUAUAGAUUGGAAUAUUUUUUCCGUGUGCGUAUAUUAUUAAUAAUGAAAGUUUAAACUGUCUUCGUAUUUUUUGACCCCAAACCUGGCCCAAAAUGGAUUUUCCGGUAGGUUCUGCUUUUGAGUGCUUGCCCUUUUCUUAAAACGUUUUGAUCCUUCGAUUUUACAUAGAUUAAUGUGAAAAAAAAAUAGCGUUUAUAACACAGGGGCCAGUUCAUAGCGAUUUUAUAAAUGUUUAUGUAAGCUGAUAGAUGCUGUGGCAUAGUACCAUUUUGGGACCAACUUUUCUAGAGUGAACUAGCACUUUUAUUGUACUCUCUA